GGCAGAAAACGUUAUUCACAUGGGGCGUAGUUCACCUUUGCUUUGGCGUCGUUCUGUGGGCUAAAGGUCAAUGGAAUGAUAGCUUGGCUUUGACAGGAUUUGCAUAUCUAGUAAUUUUUGAUGCUUUCGGAGUAUUUACAACCUUUGCUUCAACGGUUCUCAUAACAUACCGAUCUCUCCGUGAGUCAUCCAUUAAACAUCCAUUUGGCGUGCAACGAUACGAAGUUUUAUUGGGUUUCAUCAACACGAUAUAUCUGAUAUUCGUAGCUAUGUAUGUAAUGAAGGAAAGCCUGGAACAUCUACUGUUGGAAUCAAGCGAAGAUCAUUAUGACGAGAGCGUUGAAUUUCCACUACUUUGUGUCUUGAUGUCGAUUGGGGCAACAUUGGUGUCAGCUAUUGGUUAUCAAAAUCAUAAAGAUUUUCGUGCAUUAUUCAGGUCGUCACCAGCAGACACCUCGUUUUAUAGUCACCGAUCAUCACAGGACAUGAUUUCAAUGUUAAAAGGCAACAUUUUUAUAUUAACUACACUCUUCUGUGGUAUUGGAGUCUUAAUAGUAGGAAUAUUUACAAAGAUCAAUGAGCACAUAGGAUGGUUGGAUAUAAUUGUUUCGAUAUGUGAAUCAAUUCUAAUGUUUUAUAUUGGAAUACCACUUGCAAUAGCCCUGGGUAAAAUAUUACUACAAACAACUCCUGAAACCAUAAUUUUAAGUUUGGAAGCUUGUUUACAAGAGCUGCAAGAACGCGAUCCAGCUAUAGUUUCAAUAACACAGACACAUGUCUGGCAAAAUUCGUAUGGUCAGCUUAUAGGUUCAUUAAUUGUCCAAGUGACUCCCGAGGCUAAUGAUCAAACAGUCUUAGAACACGUGUACCAAAGACUGGGUCCACUAUUGGGCGUUGGUAACAAUAACCUUGGAUACGGUAGUG